AUGGAAAUUCUUCCAGAGAUGCUAAACAAUUUUAUGUUUACUGUUCUAGAGAAAGUCCACACAAUGAAUGACACUCUCUUAAGCAACUUAGACAAACUUCUGCUAGAGCUUGUUUUCCAGCUUGAGCAAACUUCUUAUGCUAAGGAACAUGUGACGCACCAGAUAAAUUUAUAUACUGCAAGUAUUGUGGAAAGAAAGAAUGAAAUCUGUAGAUUACAUGAAAAUAUAAACAACAAUAAUGAUGCAAUUGUUUAUUUGCACAAGCAUAACAAGAAUAGUAAGGACAAUUGCAAUGUCUGGAAACCAACAUAUGUAGUUCUUAGCAAGCAUGAAGAAUAUUUGAAUAACCAACUCAAAAACUGCCAAGAAACUACAGAAAAUGACAAGAAAAUGUAUCAGGAUCACAUGAACCAGUAUAAAGAGAUUUUGAAACAACACAAAGCAAAAUAUUCAGAAAAUGCUCUUGCUCAGGAAUAUUAUAUGAAAAAAAAAGAGAUUGAAGAAAUCCGGAAUAGAGUUCUGAAACAUUCUGAACAAUUUAAAUGGAAGGAAGCUAACCUUUUGGAUAUUUUAGAGCCUGCUCCUUUCAGGUCACUUUCUGAUUGGGCGUUACAGAUUGCUUAUCUGAGGCAAAAAACACAAGACGUCCUCAAGCAUGCUGCAGUUUUUACCCAGAAAUCUUUUGAACUAGAGAAAGAAGCAAAUGAAGUAGAAAUGAAAAUUAAUUAUUUCAAACAGCACUUUGAAAGGAGUACAGAAGAUCAAAAUCAUUCUAAAAUUAUUGAAGGAAAAAGUAAAAAAAAUUUAGAGAAAAGGAAGGCGUUUAAAGAAAGGAUGUUUGAAGAGAUUGGAAAUCUACAGUUAUUAAAUGGGAAACAUCAACAGUAUAAACCAUUACAUCUGCCUUGCAUUCCUCAGAAAUUAGUCCAAUCUGUACAGACUUUUAGACUGUCUUCGCAAAGGACAGAAACAGGUGAAGAAGAAAGAGACAAUUCCAUGGACCAUUCAGGUAUUGCUAGUAUUUCCUUGAGCCAAGUGAACAGUGAAACACAGAAAUGUAAUGAGACUGCAGGGACUAACAAUCCCAAAAUUGCCAAAGUUCCAUCCAUAGCAAGCUUGCAAAACCAAAUGCAGUUCAGAUUGCUAGUUCCUCAGGAGCAAACAACUUGCAAGCAAUGGUUUGAAAAUGAAGCUACAGUAAUAGGAAACAAAGAUGCUGAAUGUGCAGAUAAGGGAGCAGCAAGUAAGUCAAAGGAUUCUGCAUAUAUAUCUCAAAAUGUACACACAGAGUGUUUUAUUAAGUCAAGUGAGGAUAAUCCUGAAGCAGCAGAAGGAAGUACUGAACAUUUUCUGAAAACCCCUGAGAUGCCUUUAUUUAUAAGAACAUCAGAAUCUAAUGGGAAGGAAGCCCAGUUCCCUAAAACUCCUCCAUUUGAAUUGAAUCAUAAUGUAGGUUGUGAAGGACCAGCACCAAAAUCACCUGCCUUUUCUUUUCUUAUGCCCUGUGCCCAGAAGUCACCUGGCUUUAAUUUAUUUGACUCAUCUGUAUUCGGAGCAGAAAAUUCAUCAGACCAGACUGAUGAAAGUUAUUCUGCAGGAAACGUAAACCCUAUUUCCCCACACAAAGAUAUUGGAAGCUUAUUUGGGAAAUCGGAAAAUGAAGAUGCGUUUACAUUUUCCUUUCCGUCAGAGUCGUCUUCUCAUGAAUAUGGGGAUGGAAAAGAUGACUUCAGCUUUCCAUUUGCAUUUGGACAGGAUCAGAGAUCAUCACAUUCUUCCUCUCUGAAAGGUUUUCACUCUUCAUCACAAAAUACAAAGCCAUUUACACUCUUUUAA